UUUUACUUUAUCUGUGGGCGCCUCCAUUGGAGAAAAUGGCGGUUGUUGUAUAGUAAAAAUGGUUAAUCAAAUGAUUACGUUUCUUUGACCACAUUUCAAUAGCAUCGCUAUUUAGAAUACCAUAAAGUAUUUCUUUAUCAUUUCUAGGCAAAAUCAGUUUCUCUGAUACGCUAAUACUUGCUUGUGACGGAGUUAUAGUUCAACGCCAUAACGCGGUUUUCGGCGGCGUUUUGUUAGUGAAUAAUAUUGUUAAGUGAACAAAUGUGUAGUUACUCGUGUAGUAAACAUGCCUUAAUUAUAUUUAGAGACCCAGGUGUGAAUGUUCUUUAAUGACACUUUAAGAACCCCAGUGAUUUGUCAGUAAAAGGAAUGAACUUAGUUAACAAUGGGAGAAACGGAAGAAUUUAAUACGUUAACCUUUGAGAAGAAGCUUUUGCAGUUGAAAGACACCCAGGAGAGCAUCCAAGGGUUGUCAUCAUGGUGCUUGAAGCAAAGAGCGCACCACAAGAAGAUAGUGGCAAGCUGGUUGAAUGUGCUGAAGAGAGUGAAGGUGGAACAGAGACUCACGCUGUUCUAUCUGGCGAACGAUGUGAUCCAGUACAGCAAGAGGAAAAACUACGAGUUUGUGGAAAGCUGGGGCCUCAAUUUGCAGAAAGCUACUCCGCUUGUGAGAGAAGAGAAAGUUCGGCAAAAGAUUCUUCGGAUAUUUAAAAUCUGGGAGCAGAGAUCUGUGUACGAUGAUGAGUUCCUCUCGGACCUUACCGGGCUUUUGAGUGCCGGCGCUGUUAAAAAGACUGAUGAUGAGGCUUUGGACUUUCAACCUCAACAACUAGUAAAUAAAAUAAAGCAAUGCGCAGUAUUGGAGGCAGAUACAGACUUGAGGUUGAAAUAUAUCCAUGAGAGUCAUCUGCAACUGUCCGAUGCUGACGCCUUAUGUGCUAGUCUUAAAGAAACUAUAUCAGAAGAUAAAAGUAAUAAAGAGGAUGUGGAAAAGGAGCUAAACGAGGGCAUAGGAUGUGUGGAGAGGUACACCCAGGCCCUACAGAGAGAGAUAGUUGCUCGGGAAGCCUUAUUGGCACUCCUGGCCUCUGCUAAUCAGUACUAUUCUACUCAGAGAGGUGAAGUCAAAGUGGUUGCCUAUGCGUACAAGAACUUCGGAGCCCGCGUGCGAGCCCUAAAACGGAAACUGGAUGAGCUAAUACCAACCCUACCUAGCGCCGCCCCUUCCCCCCCGCAGAGAGACGAGGACGUACCUUCACCUGGGCCUGAUGAAGACCUAGACCUGCCGAACGCGGGUGACGAGGAUAAUGAUGUGUCCUACAACAUCGACAAGACAUUCAACACGUCGCUGUCAGCGGAUGGCUCACUGUACAACAUGGGUCUGUCGUCUUUCCUCAACUCUGACAACGCGCUCGCGUUGUUCAACGAGAGUCCUCCUAGCGCGCCCAACGUCAAUAGCGCCAAUAAAAUCGAAGUGAUAAAUUCGCGGCCGAGCGAGAAUCAAGACUUCAAUAUCAACGAUUUCCUGAAAACGUUGGUACCUAGUGAGAAUGCCGCUAAUUCAGAUAACAAUUCAGUAGCGAGCGGCACGAUGUCUCAAAAGUCUCAGGACGCGUUGCCGGGCUUAGAUCUGCUGUCGGACGGUGGCAACCCGCCACCACCAACCUCCUUCUAUGGCAGCAUACCUAACAAUAUUGUUUCAGAAGAGCCCGAACCUUACCGGCCCGAGGCGCCGCAAUGGAAUAACAACUCAUGGAACAUGGUGCCGGCGCCCGUCCCCGUGCCGGUGCCGGUGCCGGCGCCGCUGGGGGUGCCGCUGCCGGUGCCGCUGCCGGCGCUGCUGCCGGGCGCGGGCGCGCUGCCCGCGCCGCCGCCGCCGCCGCGCGCCUUCGCCGAGGCGCCCGAGUCGCCGCCGCACAAGCCCGUGCUUAUUCCGGAGAACCCGGUCUAUCCUAGGCCGGCGCCGGUGGCCGCGCCGCCGUGCGUGCUGGUGGACCUGUGCGAGUCGCCGCCGCACGAGCCCGUCAUUAUACCGGAGAACCCCGUCUAUCCGAGGAAUAUCCCCCAAGUGAAAGACAUUCCCCCCGCGGACGUGGACCACAGAGGCAUCCUCCCCCCGCCGCCGCCGCCACCGGCUCUACCCAUUAUGGGACACAUGGAAGACGUUGACCACAGGCUACUGCCGCUGCCGCCGCCUCCCAUGCCCGUCACGACCGCGCCGAGCCGACACCCGGUGCAACAAGACGUGGACCACCGGAAUCUGAUCUCGCUCACGCACCAGGCGCCGCGCCCGGCGGCUCCGCGCCAGGUGGCGCCACCUAUCAACUUAGAUCAAGACUAUAGAGUGCCGCCGAUGGUUCCACCGACGGACAUCGUGGAGAGCGUCGACAUGGAUCUGUCCGAGGAUGAGGACCAGCAAGGCAUGUUCCCCGGCCAACCCGUGAACGACCGCCGCAACAGCUUCAACAACAACAAAGUGCUCGUCGGCGGCGACAACGGCAAGCAACACAACCUGGUCCGCAUCAACAGCUCCGGCGACCGCGACCCCCGCGACCCCGCCCCCCCGGGCCCCCGCGCCCCGCGCCCCAUGCAGAACCCCUUCGACAACAUGCCCCCGGACCUCAAAUACAACAUGCCCUUCCAGAAGUACCCGCAGGACUACGACGACAGGAACGCGGACUACGACGACAGAAAUACGGAGGAGGGCGACGCGUACGAGGAGGAUCUCCGGAGCCGGGGCCUCGAGAACCCGGACAUGAGGAACCCCUCCCCGCCCUUCGAGGAGUUCAGGGAGGAGUGGACCGGGCCCAGGUUCCCCGACAACAGGUACCCCCGGAACUGGACCCCUCGAGACGUGAGGCCGAGGUUCGGUCCGCAGCAGUUCCGCGCGAGGCCGCCGGGCCGGUGGCCGGGCCCGCGGCCGCCGAGGUUCUGGUGAUAAUGCCGCACCGCGUGGUAGACGUUCCUUAAACUUUUGGCGCGAGUUUUAGCCGCGUUUUUGACGGUUGCGAAACAUUUGUGAGAUGUUUAAGUAUUGAGCGAAAUGAUCUAUAUGCUUUGAAUGAGUGAAAACCGGUGUUAUUGUUGUGAAUCUAAAAUUACGAUGCGAUGGUUGUCAAAGAAAUUUAAUUCGCCUUGCGCCGAAUGCGGCCUUAUUAGGCUGCUAUGCUAUAUUUUAAUUGAGAUUGGUUGCUGACGUUAUAAAACGGUCAAAACGUAUCCUCUCGAAAGGCAAAAAAAUCUACGAACUUGUCAAGUGACAGUACUAUAUACUAUAUUUGGUGAAAACUUGUAUGAAAUUUAUAGUUUACAGUAAUGUUCGUCAAUGAAUGUGUUUUAAAUUACUGAAAUAAUUCGUUUGACCAUUGAGUUAUGACAGAGAUUUGUUACUUGCGUUCGAUCUAUCAAAUUUUGUCUAAUAUAAUACAGAAUACAUAUGCAUAAAAUAAACUUAAACAGACAUGAAACAUCAAAUCAGUUACUCUUUACGAAAUUCCAAAUCAGUUAGUAUAAAAUUGGUAUUGUAAAUAAAUAGUCAUGACGCAUAUAAUCGACUAGGUUCCGUUUUUUGAGGUUUUGCAAUUUAAUAAUUGAUAGAAGUUCAAAAAUAACUGAAGCUAGUUGCAUUUUGUAAAUUACAACUUUUUUGGCUCAUAAUUUCAUUAAUAUUUACUUUAUGUAGGUAUGUCGAAUUCUGGUUCGAAUUGACGACACUAGAAACUGCGAUUACAAUAAUAACAAUCCCAGUGGGCCGUUUAAUAAACGCAUGUACAUAUGUAGUGCAUUGAUGUUUUCCAUCGCAUUUUCUCGGAUACGUUCAUAUUUGUCGUGCUACUGUCUGUGUGUGUAGUCAACCUCAGUACUUUUUGUACCGAGACUGACUGAAAUAACAAGACACGUUCGUACGUUUCCGUGAAGAUACGAUGGAAAAAAAUUAUGCACUAUGAUCACCAGUGAUACAAAUGAAGUUUCAUUCUGACAAAUAUGCUUGUUAGAUAAUACUUUCUCUGGUAUACUGUUACAAGUGUUGAUCAAACGGCUCCUAGGAAUAACACUAACGUGUACAGAUCUCAUUUGGUACAAUCAGAUCAAGCUAACUCUGCAUAGAUUGCGAUGACACCAUAAAACGUCAAAUUUCUAUGAAAAUAUGACAUUUAGUAUGGCAACUCGACACGGCAUGUCAAAGUUGGUGCAGAGUUAGCGUGGUCCAACUAUAGUACGCUUUCUUAUUGUCAUUUGACGUACAAUUUUGACAUGAACAUGUGUAAAUAUUAAAAACAAGCAGUUACUCAAUUUUGUGAAAAACGUGGUCUGUAAAAUACGCGCCAAGUUUAUUGCAAUAUGUAAUGUGUAAUUGUUUAUAAGAGUGAAUGUAAAUAGUUAUUUGAAGAGUUUAUUGAAAUCACUUAUGUGGUUUUUGUAAUUUUAUGUAUGAUGAAACAUACACAACUUGUUUUCAA